AUGUACUCCAUUCCCAGAUCCGGUUCCCACGAUACAUUUGAUCACGUACUCAUUGACAUGAAUCAACUCUUGCAUGUCUGUUUGCGCAAAUCCAAAUCCGAUGGACACGCCUUGACGUUGCUCAUGAAAGAACUGGAUGAAUGCUGUCGCAUGGCCACACCCACCAAAUCACUGGUAUUGGCCAUGGACGGACCACCCUCCGCCUCCAAAUUGGCAACGCAGCGGUUGCGACGACUGCAGACCAUUGUCCGCACCGAUCGCAAGUUGUUGCAAAUGGAACAAUUGGCACUGGCAAGCAGCGGCAAUAAGAAACGCGUCUUUUCCAAAACGCGACGAGCCCGCAAACAGUGGCGGUAUCAAGCCGAUACACGGACCCUCCGAAUUACACCCGGUACGGACUUUAUGAUUCUCACUGAACAGGCCAUUUUGUACUGGGCAUGGCAACGGCUGCAAAACAACAAUCCACGGCAUUAUCUCAACCGUGUCAAGAUAUACAUUAGUCCUUCGACUGUAGCGGGAGAAGGCGAAGUCAAAUUGCUGGAAUGGAUACUACGACAGCCCCAACUACAACUAUCGCAAAAACAAGGACAAUCCAUUGCCAUUUUGGGCGGCGAUUCAGAUCUAGUUUUGGAAUCUCUCGCCAUUCCACCCUCCUUUACUCAUAACGUCUUUGUAUUGCUGCCAGAUGGCAAUCAAAAGUAUCUCUCGGUCAGUUUAUGGGAAACCACACGGGCAUUGGCACAGUUCUUGCCCCGCAAUAUUCUCGCCUCGGAACACUUUCUGCGGGUCCGAACCGAUCUGGUACUCUUGCUGAUACUGAAUGGCAACGAUUACUUUCCCAAAUUGCGUGGAUCCAGCGGGUUUCACAAGGUCUUUCACGCCUAUUUGCGAACACUGCGGGAAUGGCUUGCUUCGGGAGAUCAGCAACAUCAUCCACCCUUUCUCGUCGAACCGGAACGGCUCACGUACAAUCUACCCUUUUGCAUUGCCUUUUUUCGACGGCUGGAAAAGUUGGCACCACCGGGACUCUUGUGGGGGGCCAACAUGACGACCGCGGCGACAGCGGAUGCAGGUUCCAAGGGACGGAACACACCGCUGGCCAAGUUUAAUGGACUUAAACAACAUCUGGUCACACUGCGCCUUGGCACGCCUGGGACAGAAGAUUACGUCUCCUAUGAGAUCUGGCAGCCUGUCCGAAAGACCCUGAAAAGGGCAAAGCACAAGCUGGCCAACAUGGCAUUGGAAGAUCUCUUUGGGGACGUUAGGGGGUAUUAUGAAAAGGUGGAAAAGCUGAGUAAUGCAACGUCUGAUUCUUACUCUUGGGAUAUUGGAGCUCCCGUGGAAGGAAAGGCCGACUUGUACCUCGGCGGCCUCCUUUGGAAUCUUCAAACUUAUCAGGACGGAGUCUGUCCUGAUUAUUCCUUCAACUAUGGAAAACGCUUAUCCCCAACAGCUGGCGAAAUCGUAAGAUUCUUUAAAACGGCGAUGAAAGAAAAUGUUACGCUUGGCAUGCGCCAACUCUUGCCAAACAGAACAACUUAUGAGAACCCAUCCGAUGGCUAUCCAGUCAGUGCAGGAGUCAGUUGUUUGGCGGCACUGCCAAGCCAAGUGCGAGACUUGGUUCCUGAGCCAUACCGACAACUAGAUGACGAAACCGUGGAAAAGUUCUACUCAAAUUGCAUGGACCCCGUGGACAAUGUGUUUGAUUUGAAAGGAUUCGAAAGGUUAUGUGACGAAGCUGUUGAAGAAAUGGGGCUUGACGCUGGCAAGCGAAGGUUGUCGCGGCAAGGCCUCUCUAGCGAAGAAGACCUUAUGGACAUGAGCCACUAUUGGUUGGUGCUGUCCAAGGCCAGGGUACCGUUGUCCAACCCCAUUGAUCCUCCGCCGCCAUUCUCUGAGCGCCUUUCUGAACUUCGGCCAAACAAUCGCAUCCGUGUGAACAGACUGCAAGCGGUUUGGAAGCCUCGCCGUCGAGCUGUCUGGGAAGAGGGCGAAGCGAACUCCCAAAAGGAGCUGUCGUCGAGAGACCCAUGGGAACAAGCUGGGCUCAACUUGGCAGAACCAGAUGAAUUUCUGGGCCAGUUCAUUUCCUUGGAACAUGUGCUAGACUACAAACGGGCGUACCAGAGGCAAAUGAAGACCAAAAAGAACAAGAGUGUUAUUAAGGAAACGGCGAAUGGAAGUCUAGAAUCUGCCACCACUACUAAGAAGAAGAAGAGGAAACCAGUAGGUGUGACUGAACGGAUGUUGACCUAUGAGUACAAACCGCCUCCAAAGAAGUAUGCCACCACUACCGAGGGCCAAUCCGCGUUGGCUUGUUUGAAACAGCUCAGUGAUGCUGGGUUGGUCGGAGCAAUCGAAUGGAAAAUUACGAUGCCAUCACCAUCAGAGUAUGCCUCGUUCAAUCCAGAAGAGCACGAAUUGGUGACUCUGACAGUGCAAAAGGCAUCCGAUCCAGAACUGAACAUUCUGAACGAUGUGUUGAUCUAUGAGCAAGAUCGGGACAUCAACCACGUUUCGAGACAAGCUCUCAAGCAGCACUUGAGUACCUUCGCCAUCUGCGACAUUGUAGGUCCAGAAAUCAAGUGGACUACAAUGACAUUCAAAGACUUGCGCCUCCAUAUUGCCGCCAAGAAUGGUGCGAAAAGCGCAAAAUGA